UCCGGUGGGGCGGCAGCAGCGGUUCAGCUCACUUCACACAUCUGAACACCCACACACACACACACACACACACACAUUCACAGCCUCACUUUCUUCACACACACACACACACACACACACACACACACACACACACACACACACACACACCUUAACAUAUUUACUCAGGAGUUCUUGCAGUAUCGAGGAGUCUUGAUUGAAGAAAAACUAAAUGGACAGAAUGGACGCUUCACGGCUGUUCUCUCUACUGCUGCUCUACGGAUAUCUGCCAAAAGUGUUAUCGGUGCAGAUGUGUGACGUGAUGAACGAGAUCGAGCUGGAGAAAGACCGCUGUGAGAAUAACACCUUGGGGAACGUCACUUCAGAUUGCCAUGGCAUGUGGGAUAUCAUCGCCUGUUGGCCCCCAGCCAGAGUCGGAGAGGUGGUUACAAUAGCCUGCCCCACUUACUUCAGUUACUUCAGUGAUCAGCACAGAGGUAACCUUUCCAAAAACUGCACACCGGACGGGUGGACUGAGAUGCAUCCUUAUGACAUCGCUGUGAACUGUGGAUACAAUCUCAACAGCACAAGCGAUGAUGGCAAGUUUUUCUGGCAAGUGAAGAUUGGCUACACCAUCGGCCACAGUGUUUCCCUCAUAUCUCUCUCCACAGCUAUUGUGAUCCUCUGCAUCUUCAGGAAGCUCCACUGCACAAGGAACUACAUCCACAUGCAUCUGUUUGUGUCAUUUAUCCUGAAGGCCAUCGCUGUGUUCAUCAAGGAUGUUGUCCUCUACGAGGUCGGGGAAGUGGACAACUGCUCCUCAGGCUCUGUUGGCUGCAAAGUAGUGAUUGUGUUCUUCCAGUAUUGUAUAAUGGCCAGUUUCUUCUGGCUGCUGGUGGAAGGCCUUUAUCUUCACGCAUUGUUGGCCGUCUCUUUCUUCUCCGAGAGGAAGUACUUCUGGGCUUACAUCCUGAUCGGCUGGGGAGGUCCGAUGGUUUUCAUCACAGCUUGGAGCAUUGCUAAAGCCUACUAUAAUGAUGUUGGAUGCUGGGAUAUAAUCGAGAACACUGAUGUGUUCUGGUGGAUCAUUAAAACCCCUAUUUUGGCUUCAAUCCUGAUGAACUUUAUUCUUUUCAUCUGCAUCAUACGAAUACUUCGCCAGAAAAUCAAUUGCCCGGAUAUUGGAAGAAAUGAGUCCAACCAGUACUCGAGACUUGCAAAAUCUACGCUGCUUUUGAUUCCACUGUUUGGGAUCAAUUUCAUCGUGUUUGCAUUCAUCCCAGAGCAAGUGAAGACUGAACUACGGCUAGUUUUUGACUUGAUUCUGGGGUCAUUUCAGGGCUUUGUGGUCGCAGUCCUUUACUGCUUCCUCAAUGGAGAGGUCCAAGGAGAGAUCAAGAGGAAGUGGCGGAGGUGGCACCUGCAGAGAUACAUGGGCUCGGACACCAAAUACCAACAUCCAUCUAUUGGCAGCAGCAACAACUUCAGCACCCAGAUCACCAUGUUGACACGAUGCAGCCCAAAAACAAGCCGUGGUUCAUCCUCCUGUCACGACGACCUGUCCAGCAUAUGACCCACAUGGACAGUGAUACAGACGUACAUGCUGUACAAAAUACUCCCAUGUCAAACAGUGUAUGUAAGCUCUAUGGAUGAAAGACACACUCUCCCUCAUUAACACAUGCGCUCUUGGAGGAUGUGUUGCUUGAGUGUGACAUGGACAAAGGGAAGUGAUGAAACAACAUAGUGCUACCGUAAUCAGCUACUAAGCGGCUUUUAAUCACCACGCUUCUUUAAAAAAAAAGAAAAAAAGUAGGUUGAAGUCACAAAGAUACAAGCGCAUCGCUUCACAAGCACAGCUUUUGCACAUUUGAAUGAGAGACAUUCACUUUCUGUCUUUGUAUUUCAUGAUUCAGUGCACAGGUGAAUUUGUGAGUCAUACCAUUAUGGAUCAUUUGGUCAAUCGUUAUUAAGUUCCCUGUGUGCUCAGAGGCCGGGCAAUGCGAAAUGUCACAUAUUAAUGGGGUUAGGUGAGGGAUCCAAAUGUGAACUGCACCAGCAGACCCACAAUCUGAUGUAAUUAUGCGUUGAUUAAAAAUCACUUAGCGGAUUCCUGCAGCUCCAAAUGAACAAGGCUGGUGCAAAGACACAGAUGAUUGAAGAAAAUGAGCUGGUAUUUUUUAGUUUUUUUAACAAAAAAUCCCAUUAUUUAUAUUGUUACAGUGUGUGCAGCAUCAUUACAGGCAAGAAAAUUACCAGAAAUACAUUAUGGGAGGUGUGUUUGAGUGCUGAAUGUGAGCAGUGAUGGAAAAUGUGUUUUAAAGCAUAUUUUAGGCAACAGAAAAGAACGUAAAAGAACAAAACAGUGUGCAACAUCUUGUUUUCCUCGCUGUGUAGGAGGACAGAAAAAGAAAAACUGGCUGAUAACCAGGAGCAAUCUUUAUUUCCAUAAAUGCCAAACGGAUUCAGACCGGGUGACCAGUGUGAUGCUGAUUCACAAUGACGGGUUUGGAGUACAAAUGCCCUUCUCUGCACUAUCACUCUCAUGAGAGACUGAUUGCUCUUUGCCUUCCCUUUUAUCAGUACAUCCUUUCCUCUUGUUUUUUUUAAUUCUGAGCCUGCGAUAUGGUUGAUGUUUUAUUUUACUAUUUGAGGCACUCUGUAUUAAAAAAAAAAACUGUUUUUGCUCCGAUCACUGACGAGUGCCUGGUUUCAGUGUUUUGAGGUGACACUUUCAAUCAAAUCUUCGCUGGCUGUUGGGCUGCACAGCGACUCUGGAGAGGAAAUGCCUUCAGUCCUUGAAUGUUUACAUUUACUUAGAAGGAGUCAUUUAACAUUUUACAGCCAAGUGUACAGUGUAAAGAACAGUUAUUGUUAUGGAUUGUUGUGCCAUACUGAUUGUAUCGUGGCUACAAUAUCAGUAAUGUAUCACUGUAAUUGUUGUUUGUUCGCGUUAUUGCAACAUGUGGGAUUUUAAGCCUCACCAGGAACAUAAAAUACUGUUGUACAAGCUUGUUUAUGUAGCAGUCUGUGGCUCAGUGUUAAACAUAACAGCUAAAUAAGAGGCACUUACAUUUGACUUUAAAACAGAUGUGUACAGAGAAGCUUACGUUGCGAUGCUUUGGUGGACUGAUUGGAACUUGAACUCCUAAAUCCUCCAUCUUGAAAAAAACUGUUUCCUGAAUUUUGCAUCGACUUGUCAAGUCUAAACUUCUCCACUGGAGGAGUUUCAACCUGACAAGUCAGUAGAGACUGUUUGAGCCGGUAUGUAAAGCAAAGCAAGAUGACAAGGAUGACUGGCCCUGUCAUAACGAUGCUAUCAUUGUGAUUUUCAGCUUACAAGGUUAGACUUAAAAGUCACUUUAAUGUUCAUGCAGGAGGGAGCAUCCAGAAGGUCCAGCCUUACCUGGAGAAAAUACCAUAAUCUCAACCCACCGCUGAUUUAAAGGGUCAGAUCAAACAUAGAGCCCCAUGUCAAAUGAUAGAACAAUACUGCUGAUGUUGAUCUAGAAAUGAUCAAAUAUGGGAGGUUUUGUUGGUGACAUAAGCUUAAAGUAAUGGUUGCCUUCUACAUUUUGGGAAUCACGCUUAUUUGCUAUUGUUAGAAGAGAUUGAAGACUGAGAAGAUUAACACCACUCUCAUAUCUGUCCGUUCCAGCAGCUGGUUAGCUUAGCUUAGCAUAAAGACUGGAAGCAGGGGGAAACAGCUAGCCCAGCUAUCAGCACAUGAAAAGCUCACUAAUGACACGUUAUAUAUCUCUUUCUUGUGAAGUCUUGUCAUCACCAUGGGCUAGUUGGGCUGGUUACUCAAAAAAAAAAAGUAUUACUCAUUCCUCAUUACUCUUUUAAAAAGUAAUAUCAUUACUUUACUUAUUACUCCCUGCCAACAGUAAUUGCGUGUUACUAAUUUCCCCCACGAUUACAAAAAUGAAUCCAAGGAUGUGUUUGAUUCUUGGAUUUCAAAUCAGUAGAUGGUGACAACAAAAGUAAUAUUCUAACUAAUAAUUUUUGGGAGGAGUAACUAAUAUUAUUACUGAAAUGUAUUAAUAAUUAGUCACUGAGAGUGGUAUCAGUCUUCUCAUCUAAUUCACGGCAAGAAAGCAAAUAUUUCCCAAAAUGUCAAACAAGUCCCUUAAAGACUCAUUAUCACACAUUGUUUGGUGCCUGUCUUUUGUUGUCAGAAUGGUUUAAUGUAAUUGUCUGACUUUGCCAAUGUACCUCUCAAAAUAGUGAAUGUAAAUAGAUUUGUACAUACUGAAGAAACAAUUCAAGUAUACAGAGUUUUCAAAUCACAUGUGUUGUUAGAUAUUAGUGUUUUGGUAACCGGGCAUGGUUGUUUUGUAUCAGUGAGAUAUAUUAAAACUCAAUAUUGACUCAACAAUGACUCACUUAUAGUAAGUAUUCAGUAUUGAAGUAUGUGUAAUAUAGAUUUGUUUAUUUGCAAACUGGAUAUUGUGCUGUGUAUAUUUAAGUUUGGAGAGUUUUUUUGUUUUAUUGUUAACAACAUAUGUGUAACACCAUUGCAAUGCAUACCAUUGUGAAGCUACAAAUGUACUGCAAGUAUUUAUUAGCUUACAUUCACAUUUGUGUUCACAAAAGGCCGUUCAUUAGUUUUACAAUAAUAGGUUUUUGUAUAUUAUUAUUGUUAUUAUCAUUAUUAUUAUUAUUAUUAUUAUUAUUAUUAUUAUAUUGUGUUGUACCUUGUAUAUAAAAAGUGAGGAAAUUUAACUUGCCAUAACAUUUUGACAUUGUUCCACUCGAACUGUAUGAAAUAAAUUAUUAAGAAAUAUACAA